UUUUGCGUUCGGAUUAAUUUUAAUGUCACAUUUUACAAAUAUUCAAAAUGAAUUAAAUAAAAAACAAAGGAAUCGCCUCGUCGCUGUGGUUUUCACGGUAACCAUGGCAACGUUUAAAAUAAAAAAAAUGGCGUCCCAGGAAAAAGCGUCGACGAUCAGAAGAAAAAAUAAAAGAGAAGAAAUGAUGAAGAAGUUGGAGCCGAAGGACAAGAAAACUUCACAACUAAGAGUUUUAACUUUUCACUCGAUUGUUCCAGACACAGAGGAAAGUUUGGUUCAAGAGGAGGAAAAGGAGGAGGAGGAGGAGGAGGAGGAGGAGGAGGAGGAGGAAGAGGAGCAGCGCUUCAUCAUCUGUCGCUCCGUCUUCAACAAGGUGAUUGGUCGAGCGACGACCUAUAAGAGACUCCUGUUGACCAUAAAGACCGAGUACGAGGACGUCAUCAGUGAGCUGAAGAGGAGGGAGGAUGAAGGCAGGAAGACUCAGAGGACUGUGGCAUCAUUAACAUCACUUCCAAAAUCAUUGACGACCUGCCAGAGGAGAGCCGAGCAGCUGAGGGUCAGGAUCUCUGACCUUCAGAGUGAAACAUCAAACCUCCAAGAGGAGAAGAAGAGACAGAAAUCAUCUGAAGGGCAGAGCUCGUGGAUUCCAGGUUUGACUGUGGCUGAGUCUGAGGAUCCUGAGGCUCUGGACGAGCACCUGAGGCGUCUCGAGGCCCAGAGAGCUGCUCUGCUGGACAGGAAGAGUCGCUGCGUCUCUCUGGAGGUCAAAGGUCGGCUAGACGCCGAGCUGCAGACCGCCGAGUACCACAGAGAAGAGCUGAGCACAGAGAACAAUCGGCUGAAAGUUCUAUUCAAGCGUCUGAGAUUUGUGUCUGACCAUUUGUCUCGCUGGGAGGAGCAGGAGCAGGUUCUGCUGGAGGAACUCCUGGGUUCUACACUGGAGAACAUCAGACAGACCAGCGUGACGGACGAUGACAGCUUCAGUCCCGAGCUGUUUGGGAACGAAGAGCCGACCGGAGUGGACGAGUCCGACCUCGUGGCAGGUCACCUGGACAGGUUCGCUGAGCUCUUUGACUCGGCUCAGUACGAGGAAGCUGCUCUCGUUGCCGCCAGAUCUCCUGAAGGAGUCCUGAGGAACGUCGACACCAUGGAGAUGUUUAAAGGUGUGACGGCCGCCCCGGGGUCAGUCCCCCCUCUCCUCCUCUUCUUCCAGUCCCUCCUGAUCACCGCCCCCCCGGGCGUCCCGCUGUCGGCUCCUCUCUCCCUGCACUGCGUCCUCUUCGCCCUGUGUCACGGUGCCUCGCAGCUCGUCACCCACGCCAUCACCCAGAACAAACUCGUCUUUUCUGAACACCUGGGCGACGUCCUUGUGGAGCACGCCCUGGAAAACGCCAGCGUGGCCGACCUGUGUCUGACGUUGGCCACCGUCGUGUUCGAGGCCUGUGGGCUGAACAGGAAGACGGCACUGAGCAUGUGCAGGAGAGGCCUCGUCCACAGCGCCGCCAAGUUCAUGCACCACUGCAAGGACCUCACAGCUGACGACUUUAUUUGGGUUCUGUGUCGCUCGCCCAGCCUCUCCCUCCUCCAGCUGUUGACGGAGCCUCGGUGUAGGGGCUGGUCGGCCAUCUUGUCAGUGGGCAGGGCCUGUUCCACUCUGCUGGUUGACCCUCAUCAUGGAUUGUUAGCGCUGCAGCUCCUGGACAGUUUCGUCAGCCGAGGGGUUUUGGAGAAUGUGAUUCUGGAGGACAGUGACUCAUCGGUGGACGUUUGGAUCCAUGUUGCGUCACUGUGCUCUGAGCUGAAACGACCCGACUUGAACCGGACCGUCAUGUCUGUCCUUCUGGACCAGAGCGGGACCAGAGUCCUAUCCCCGGACCUGGAGGGAGCCCGUCUCAUGGAACAUGUCUUCCUGUGAAGACGGAGCAUGAAUGUCCUCCGACACAACAACACAGAAUACUCCUCUUCCUCACACAGAUUGUGGUUGUUGUGUAAAAGCUGAAACGUGGACGGACUCUGGAUCUUCUGUCAGAUUCAGUCCAGUUGUUAACAUUUCUGAACCAGUCGUCAUCAGUGCCGGUCUCUGUGCUCCCUGACCUUUAACCUUUAACCUUUAGCUGGUGUCAGUGAAAUGACUCAGACAAACGAAAAGCUGAAACACUGGCGACCAAUGGCCAGCAGGGGGAGAACAGGUUCACAAACUGAAGCUGAGAGCAAAGGGGCCUUAAAAUAUAAAAGGAAAGAAAUCAGUAAUUAUAAUAAUAAUAAUAAUGAUAAUGAUAAUGAUGACAUCAAUCCCAUCCUGACAUGACCUGAAGCUUAUACAGGUUAAAAAUACUUUAUGGUCACAUAGUAGGAAUGAUCUCAUCAUGAUGUCACUGUAAGAAGAAAGAAGAUGAUGUCAUGUGGUGAAAUGUACAACCAAUGAGAGCAGAGACACAAUCUACUGUUAUUUAGAUUAACCAAUCAUUCCUCAUGAUUGAAUGACGUCAUUACUAGAUUAGAAAACAGUUACCAUUGUCCCACAGCAUCGAACCUGUGAUCCUUUUCAUUCUUAAAGGUUUUACACGAGACAGAACUUAUAAUAACAUUACAACUAGAAUAAUACUGAGACGGAACUAUAACUGUAAAAGUCACUGAUAUUAAACCACU